AUGUCUGAUACCCUGCGCAGCAUACCUGCCAAGGCUAAAACUAGGAAUUCUCUAUCUUGUGCGCAAUGCCGCUAUAAGCAUUUUCGCUGCGACGGCCAAAAACCUAUCUGCUCACGAUGUGUCACCGACACUAAAACAUGCGUGUAUCCUCCAUCUCGCCGGCGUGGAAAUCCCAGACCAAAGCAAGCCCCACCAUCGCCUGUGACUGUUCUUGAUGAGACCUCCCUCGACUCAUCAACAGGACAGCAAACGUCUACCAAUUCUUCAACAUUUUCUAUUACUACCAGCGGAGACGCCGAGAUAUCGUCAAAUCCAGAUUCCCAAUAUCUGAGUCUAUACUACAGCUCAUUCCAUGCAGCCCACCCUUGCACGCUGCCGCUUUCAGCUUUAAAAAAUCGACUCACCGACCCCAGGGUUCAACCACUCCUUAAAGUCAUCUGUUAUGUUGGAUCUAUUUUUGACAGUUCCAGCCCCUCGUCAGAAAUAUGGAGCCAGCGAGCCCGGGAUGCAAUAUCAAAAAUUCGAGCAAAAAUUGUUGCUGAUCCUUUCGAUGUACAAGCAAUUCUGCUUUACUCUGUUGCUGUUUAUUGGUGCAAUGAGCCGGAUCAUGGCGUCGAGCUACUUAAUGAAGUCAUCCGCAUGGCGGUGACGCUUGGGAUGAACGAAAAAGAAUAUGCUCAGAAUUAUGGGGAGGGAAAUGCUGUUCUUGAAGAAAGUUGGCGGCGUACCUGGUGGGUGAUCUAUAUCACUGACGCUCAUAUUGCCGGAUCUACACAUACGUAUCCGUUCCGAACCAAUGGUAUCAAAAUCACCACCGAUCUUCCUUGCGAAGAAGAUGAAUAUGAGAGAGGUGCCAUCCCCUCUCCAAGAUCUUUGGAGGAUUACGAAAAUCGAGAAUUCCUUGGCGACGAUGAAGCAGAGUUUUCCUCUUACGCAGAGCUUAUUGGCUUGACCCUCGGAGUAGAACGGGCCCUGAAACCUAGGGAUGCAGUAGAUUACCAAGUUUACAGAACCAUGGCUGCGACAUCCGAUACCAGUGUCAGGGCAUGGUCCUGUCUACUGUCCCCAAAGAAGAGGAAUUUGAUUCGACCCGAUGGCUCCUUUGAUGAGGUCAUGUUCAAAGCGCUCUUCAUCAUGCACACGUGA